CCCAGAACUUUUCAAGGCAGGACCAUCACUCAGAAUUCACUCUACCCAGUUGCAUCUCGGAGCAAAGCAGAAUAGCAGACAAACGCCUUCGACUAGACCGCAACCAUGGCCUCUCUUAACAAGAUCGCUGCUAACAGCCCUUCGCGGCAAAACCCGUCGGAGCUCGAGACCAGCAUCGCUGGCGCUCUGUACGAUCUCGAGACCAACACCACCGAUCUCAAGGUCGCUCUCCGACCUCUGCAGUUUGUCUCGGCCCGUGAGCUCGAAGUUGGCCACGGCAAGAAGGCAAUUGUCAUCUUUGUCCCCGUUCCUUCCCUGCAGGGCUUCCACCGCGUCCAGCAGCGCCUGACCCGUGAGCUCGAGAAGAAGUUCUCCGACCGCCACGUCCUGAUCCUCGCCUCGCGCCGCAUCCUACCGCGCCCCAAGCGAUCCGCCCGCUCGCGCAACACCCAGAAGCAACAGCGCCCCCGCUCGCGCACUCUGACUGCCGUCCACGAUGCCAUCCUGUCUGAUCUCGUCUACCCCGUCGAGAUUGUUGGCAAGCGCACCCGCACCAAGGAGGAUGGUAGCAAGCUCCUCAAGGUCGUUCUGGACGAGAAGGAGCGUGGUGGUGUCGACUACAGACUCGACACCUACUCCGAGGUCUACCGCCGCCUCACUGGCCGUGGUGUCACCUUCGAGUUCCCCCAGACUGGUGCUACCGAUUACUAGGGUUAGGCGGAAGUUAUCUGGUUCGAUGGUUGACUGGAUCUCGACGUAAAUGAAUGGGCUCUGCUGAAGAGGAUUGGUUUCGCCCUGCAUUUGGCGUCUAUGAUAAUGCUAUCAUAGCAUAAAUGGAACAAAUUUUUCUUGGUGGACAAUACCUCACAAAAAGGCAUGGCGUCUAGGUAGCUUGACAUUCCACGUGGUUAAUGACAAGCCCGGUUCUUUGAUGAAUUUUUACAAACUGCUUCUAUAGUCUGAAGGCCUUGUGUGUGUGUGUGUUGAUGAAACCCUCGAAACAAUUUAUUCUAUAGACUCAAAAUCAGACACCCGACUCAUGCUCCCU